AUGCAAUUGACAUCACUUUUAACCGCUGCGGGUCUGGCGGUGUCCGCGACCCACGCUUUCCUACUCCCAUUUCCUGAAUCGACCACCGAAAGCGACGUCGUCAACACCCUUCCCGUUCCCUUCAACACCGAUGUUGCACUUGCUAGCACUGUCGGUGCCCGAAGUCUCGAUUUGAACUGCCCCGGAUGCCCGGUGCAUGUCCACCACAAGGGCAAGGAUGGAAAGGCCAAGAUGAAGACGGACAUUCCGAGUCAUCUGCAGCUGGACUUCAAGAUUGACCACGCGUAUUCCGGCGAUCGUCUGAUGCUGAACGGCUUCGAGCUGUACCCUCAUGCAGAUCCCACGAGCAGUACCCUCGGCGCCAAGCUCCUCCCAGAUAUGCCGCACCGACAAUACGGAAAGCACCGACCGGGCCACAAGCAACACGAGGCCGAACCCGACUCCCUGGGAUUUGCGCUUCACGUGCAGCCUGUCGCUAAGAGCACGGAGAACCUGGAGCUGAUCCUGGUCAACCUUCAAAUCAUCGAAGUCGGCAACGUCUUUAUUGAUGGAAUCCCAAAUGUCGAGCUCAAGUUAAUCAAGUCACCCGAGGGCGGCCUGAUGAUUGGUGGUAUCCAAACUACGGCAUCCGAGACGACGCAAAAGACGCCCAUGGACAAACAGGAGGAAUGCACCACGCUUCUCUGCAAAUGGCGCGCAAUGUUCAUGCAGCAGAUUGCUCAUCUUCGCGCAAACAAGCACUGUGGUGGCCGUCCCGGUCAGCAGGUUGGUCACGUUGAGGGUCACAGACGUCCUGGUCACCACAACAUGCACCAGGGCCACCGAGCCAGCUGGGCCCAGCUCUUUAAGAACAUUGGUGCCCACAUUCUCCUCCCCAUCGCUGUUGGCAUUGUCGCUGGUGUCACCGCUAGCAUCCUCGGUAUGAUGGUUGGUACUGCCAUUAUCUUCCUGUGGCGCACCUUCGUCCGCCCUGCUGGACACCGCCGUCACCACAGACACGCGCACUCCAUUCACAAGGCUGCCAUCAAAGAAAAUGCCGCCGAUGAUGAGAAGUCUGGUUUGAUGGCCCACCAAGACGUUGAUGAUGUUGAGGCCCCUCCUGCCUAUGUAGAGGAGGGUCUCGUUGCGGACAAGAAGCCCGAGAACGAUGCCUAA